UAGGCGGUGAACGUGUCGCUCCCAUUUUCCUCGGUGUUUUCCGCACGCAACGAAACUUUUUACGCAGUGGUUUAAUAUAAUUGUGUGAGAGUUUUAUGACUAUGAAUUAGUUCGGUGUUAAAUGGACGUUUGAUCUCGGAGUUUCCUUGAUUAGAUAUAAACUUAAAAAUAUGUGUUGGCUGUGUACGUAAAGCGAGAACAUUAAAAAUAAUGUUGGACAGUUUCACGAAAUGGUGGCGCUAAUGUGAACAAGAUGGCGGAUGGUUUUGGCGGGAAAAGCGCGUUCCGUGUGCUGCUGUUACUUCUCGUCGAGAACGUUUUCUGUCAGAUGGCACGUGAAAGCGAGGACCUGGUCGACUUUGUUCCAGUAUCGACUGUGGACGUCGAGGCAGUGGUGGGACGUACCGCCACCCUGCCUUGCGACAUUGAACCUGAUUCCAACGAAGACAGAGUCUACAUGGUGCUCUGGUUCAGACACGCGGGUGGCAAGCCGCUUUACAGCUUCGAUGUCCGCGGUCGCAGUUUCAACAAAGCCUUACACUGGUCCGACCCUUUGGCCUUUGGGAAGCGAGCGCACUUCGUAACAAUGUCUCGACCUUCUUCACUCACUGUGGACGCUGUACAACUAGACGAUGAAGGAGUGUACCGAUGCCGAGUGGAUUUUAAGAACUCCCCUACAAGAAAUUUCCAGAUCCGGCUCAAUGUUAUAGUUCCACCUCACCAACUACUAUUGUAUGAUGAAGCUGGUCGCGAUGUGGCGGGCGUUGUAGGACCUUUGGAAGAAGGUGGCAAUUUCACGCUACUCUGCGAGCUUAGAGGAGGUCGUCCGCAACCAACUCUCUCAUGGCUGAUCGACAACAAGCCCUUAGAAGACCACCUCAUCCUCAAGAACGAUGGCAAGAUAAUCAUCAGUAAGAUCAGCGUCAGUGGUGCUGAAAGGAGCUGGCUCAACACCAGCGUAAAAUGCCAAGCUACAAAUACUGCUCUUCUAAGCCCUCAUGAGAGAACUGCUAGGGUUGAAAUGAACUUACGGCCGACUUCGGUGGCAAUAAUUGAAAAACCUGGUGAGCUGUCAGCUGAUACGGAAUUCACGUUGGUCUGCGUAACGCAUGGCAGUCGACCCUCGGCACAGGUCACGUGGUAUAGAGAGAACCGAAGAUAUACGAGGGGAAAGCAUAGCGAGGUCACGAAUGACACGUCCACAGUCAGCCGCUUGACCAUGUCUCCUCAACCAGAAGAUGACGGUGUGAUGAUCAGAUGUCGAGCUGAUAAUCCUGUGCUAAGAGUGGCUUUGGAAGACUCUUUUAGGAUGAGUGUUGUUUAUAAGCCGGUCCUAACGAUGUCCCUGGGCAGUACACUAAAUCCUAACGACAUCAAGGAAGGCGACGACGUUUACUUCGAGUGCAACAUCAGAGCGAAUCCUAAGGAACAUCGCACCUCGUGGUACCAUAACGAUCAACAAGUGACCCAAAACAUGUCGUCAGGAGUUUUCAUAAGCACUAAGUCGUUGGUGCUUCAGAGGGUGACGAGGAGGGAUGGAGGGUUGUACGCGUGUAAGGCGGCGAAUCAAAUGGGGGAGACAAGUAGCCAAGCUGUGUAUCUUCGAGUUCAAUAUGCACCAGUUUGUGCCCAACAUACGCCGCUUGUCAUUGGUGCGCGACUAGAUGAACCGCUCCGAGUCCGCUGUACAGUGAGCGCAGAUCCCGCUGAUGUCGCAUUUUACUGGCAGUUCAAUAACAGUGGAGAGAGCUUUCAAGUGUCACCAGCUAGAUAUGUAACAACCGGUGGUACCAUCAGUGAGCUGCGAUACCGUGCCGCCAGUGAGCGCGACUAUGGAGCCUUAUUGUGUCGCGCAACCAACAGCGUCGGAAGGCAAAAGAAGCCAUGUGUGUUCCAGAUAGUCCCAGCAGCUCGUCCGUCCCCGCCAAGAAACUGCACAGCGAAGAGGACCGUGACGAAAGACGAAACCUUCCUAACUGUGCGGUGUUUAGCUGGCUACGAUGGUGGACUCAGCCAGCAUUUUGUGCUGGAAAUUGUUGGCGACACGAGCAAAAUUCUCGUGAAUACUACUGCUGGGAAAUCGGAUUUCCACACAGUAUGGCUAAACGUGAGCUGGUCGGAGCUUGAAGCCUUAUCUGAAGACGAAAUGCUGACAGUCAGCGCCAGGAAUAGCAAGGGUGUCUCCGAUCCAGUUCUCAUUCGAGAUCUCGUUUAUAAAGACGCUGCGAAACAUAUCGAAGACACAACACGAGCGAUGUCAAAAAUUCCUGCUGCAGCUGCAAUAGCUGGCGCAGCUGUUGUUCUUACUGUUAGUGCUGUCAUCUUGGUGUUGGUUCUACGAAAGCGGAACGAAACGACGACAAGCAGUAAGCGACCAUCACAGAGCGUGGUUCAAGUGGACGCGAACGGUAGAAGAUAUCUGAUCGCAUAUCCAGCAUCGGACAAAUUGGAAAGAAAACCAGAUAUAUUGAACCCUAAAGCCGAGAGUGAGCCACCACGCGUGGUAUUGGAAUCCAGUGACAACAAAACCUACACUAUCAAGGAGGCACCGAGUCAGCCCACUAAGUCCCACCCACAUCCGUCUUCUGAAGAUGAUAUGAUGCCGCAGAGAUAACACACGAACUCAGAGCAUCGUUUGUAAAUAUAACAUACAUUGUAAAUUUCAAUGUUUGCCAAUGAAUUUAAUUUUAAGGGAAUAUAGACGAAUUCUUCCAUAUCAUUAUAUAUUGUAAAACGACGGGAAGGUCAAUGGAAAUUAUAAAAAAAAUAUAUAUGAACUAAGA